AUGGCGCCCAGCUACUCGGACCUCGAGUCCGAUGAAUAUGAUGAAACCCGCCCGGUCUUCUACAUCGGCCAGCAUGAUUCUUCAAGAACUGAGAGUCUCACGGACUUACAAUAUGGGCAAAUUCUGAAUGCUGGUUUCAGUUUUGUGACCACGCCUAUCACAAAUGAGACUUUCCACAAGAGGAUUGAGAAUCUCGCAGCUUCUAGCAUCACUGAGCUGCAAAAUUCAGACAUCCCCAGCUGUCAUCCUGACCCCAUCGUGCCUCCACUGACGAUUGAGGAUACGACGCUUUUCCCCAGCAACUACACGGGGGGCCUCGUUGCUUACUCUAGUCCUUGGAUUGACUUGUGCUCUCCCAACCCGGUCAUCUCCAGCAUUUCGCGACAGGUUCUGAAUCUCGAAGUGUCCUACGCCAAUUUCUGUGGCGUACGCAGCAUUGUAAUCCCUGGACCGAGGCACGAUGCAGCGAAGGCCGGCACUGGCCAAGGCAUUGCGCAAUUUGCGCGGGCAAUCCAGGAGGCCAUCCUCGUCGGCACCCGGGUCAACUUCAUCAUUCACCUCCCUAUGUACCGAGAGCCCGGUCUGGAAGAGCGUGUUGACUUACUGUUGGCGACUGGAAAGAGCACCAAUGGCAUUGAGACUCGUGAAGAGAUCGACCUCUUCAGUGCCUGGGACUCGUGGCAUGUUAUACGCUCGACGUGUAAUUAUGAUGCAAGACUCUCUGUCGCCUUGAGGAUUCCACACAUGCUACCUGAAAAGGAACUUCAAACAAGAUGGUUUGCGGAACCCUUACAGUACUUGACGUUCUGCCCUCGCGCUUUCCAGACCAACAGAACCGGCCAUCCGUCGUUGACUCGACAUCAUCAGGACCUGAUCAUGACCUACAUGAGACUGAAGAAUGCACCGUACUUCCUGCUUUGUGAUGUUGGACCUGAGGUUCAAGAUGAUCCAAGCACACCCGAGAUUCUGUCUGCCGACAAUUUUCCAACCCUAGCAGAGGCCGCUGAACAGCCAGCUAAGACCAACCAGAAGCUUCCUCAGUCGAACCCUUACGCGUCAUACCUCAGACACGUUGAAAGACAGCAGGAGCCUCUCUCAGCGCUAGAGCAGUCAACACUGGCCAACUUUCAAGAUUGGCUACAAUCACCACUCCAGCCGCUGUCUGACAACUUAGAAUCCAUCACCUACGAGGUUUUCGAGGGAGACCCGGUCAAGUACAACCAGUACGAGGGGGCAAUCACCCAAGCGCUCGAGGAGUGGUCACGCGAUAAGAAGCCUACCUCGUCAUCCUCUGGCGCGGUGGUCAUUGCCGUCGCAGGUUCUGGCCGUGGGCCCUUAGUGACUCGCGCCCUGAAAGCAAGCGAGACAACUGGUGUGCCAGUGGAAGUAUGGGCCGUCGAGAAGAACCCCAACGCCUAUGUAUAUCUACUCCGCCAGAACCAGAGGCAGUGGGGAGGGCGAGUCACGGUGGUGAAGACAGACAUGCGCGCCUGGAAGGGCCCACUCAUCUCCGGUCUGGCCGAGGACAACCCUGUGUACGGCAACGUUGAUAUCCUGGUGUCUGAGCUUCUUGGCUCGUUUGGUGACAACGAGUUGUCGCCUGAGUGUUUGGAUGGCAUACAACAUGUCCUGGCCAAGCCCCACGGCAUCUCCAUCCCGAAGUCCUACACCGCGCACCUGAGUCCCAUUUCUACGCCGCGUAUCCACGCCGAUAUUAGCCAACGCCUACCUCUCGACGUGAAUGCCUUCGAGACACCCUGGGUAGUCAGGCUCUUUCAGCUGGACUUUGUCGCCCAGCGCGUGCCGGGCCAUGCACGGUUCCAGCAGGCAUGGGAAUUUGUGCAUCCCCUGCCGCAGUCCACUAUGGAUAUGGUUGAAGCGCGCAGGUCAGGUGGCGUUGUUGGUGGUGGAGGCGGCAGCAUGGCUGGUGGUGUUGGCGCGAAUGAUCAUAACUCGCGCCACUGUCAUCUUACCUUCGUCUGCCGGGCUCGAGGCAUCAUCCAUGGCCUAGCUGGUUACUUUGAGUCGGUUCUCUAUGCACCGACGGCUGAGGGCAAAGAGCCGGUGGAACUGAGCAUUUUGCCGGAUAUGAUUGAUCGGAAGAGCAAAGAUAUGAUCUCUUGGUUUCCAAUCUUUUUCCCUCUGAAGCAACCGCUCUACUUUCCUCCCGACACUGAGCUGGAGGUCAGCAUGUGGAGACAAACGGACGACACGAAGGUGUGGUACGAGUGGAUGGUCGAAGCCUUCACCUGGGUUGGCCCUAAGCAGCGCGUCAAGGUAGGAGCAUCCGAAAUGUGCAGCAGUCGCAAGAUGGCUUGCUUGAUGUGA